AUAUAUUACUUAUAAAUAGCCCACACAUAUUUUACAAAAGACAUUACUUUCACAAACCCCCAGAAUCAGUUCCCGUUACGGAGUAAGAUCCUCAAUGGCUGACCAUGGAAACUUCCAGAAUCUUCUUCAAAACGACGUGCUUAAUCGAACUUCCUUCCAUUUCCAACCUCAGAGAAAUUGGAUCAACGGUUCUAUUUCUUUCUUUUUCCUCUUAUUUGUAUUCAUCAAUCAUAUUGUUAAAACUAGUUCACAUUUUAGUCAUUAUUAUCUAUAAUUAACCGUCAUCUUAUGUUUAUGCCACUUCUGGUACUUGGAUGCAUCUUGGAAACUCUGAAGAUCCAAACGCGCCAAUGUAUUACAAAGGAUUCUACCAUAUGUUCUACCAGCACAACCCUUUGGCUCCCGUAUUCAGUGACAUAAUGAUAUGGGGACACUCUGUUUCACAAGAUAUGGUCAACUGGAUCCAACUCGAACCAGCCCUUUUCCCUACUGAGUCCUUUGACAGAAACAGCUGCUGGUCAGGAUCCGCCACGAUCCUUCCUGAUGGCAAACCCGUAAUUCUGUACACCGGACUCGAUGAGCCCAACAGGCAUCAGGUUACAGUUCUCGCCGAACCUAAGGAUGUUUCCGACCCUUUGCUUCGUGAGUGGGUGAAGCCAAAGAACAACCCUGUGAUGGUUCCGCCGAAUGACGUCCCUUUCGACUGCUUCCGUGACCCUACGACCGGGUGGCAAGGGCAAGAUGGGAAAUGGAGAGUUCUCGUAGGAGCUAAGGAAAGAGAUUCCGAAAGAGGAAUGGCGAUUUUAUACCACAGUGAUGAUUUUGUCGAAUGGAUAAGGCAUCCGGUUCCUUUACUUGCGUCACAAAUCACCGGAAUGUGGGAGUGCCCUGAUUUUUUCCCGGUUUCACUAACGGGUAAAGAAGGUGUAGAGAAUUCGGUGAACAACGCUAGUGUGAAGCAUGUCUUGAAAUCGAGUUUUGGAGGCCAUGAUUGCUAUGUUAUUGGUACUUACUCUUCCGAGACUGAAGACUUUUCCGCGGAUUCAGAGUUCACCAACACAAGUGCGGAUUUGAGAUAUGAUCAUGGAACGUUUUACGCCUCGAAGGCCUUCUUCGAUAGCGUUAAGAGUCGGAGGAUCAACUGGGGAUGGGUCAUAGAGACUGAUAGCGUGGAAGAUGAUAUUCAGAAAGGAUGGGCCGGCCUUCUGUCUCUUCCCAGGGAAAUGUGGCUGGACACAAGUGGAAAGAGGCUGAUUCAAUGGCCAAUCGAAGAAAUCAACAAUCUCCGGACCAGACAUGUUACCUUUGAUAGAAGGCACCUCGAAAGCCGAUCGAAUUUUGAAAUCACAGGCAUUACUGCUGCACAAGCCGACGUAGAAGUGACUUUUGAUCUGCCUAUUCUGGAAGAAAAUCCCCAAAUACUUGAUUCUGACCAUGUCGAUGAUGCGCUUUUGUUCGACCGUGACAGCUCGGUCCGAUGCGUUUAUGGGCCUUUUGGGCUGCUUGCAUUGGCUACCGGUGAUUUAUCGGAACAAACCGCAAUCUUUUUCAAAAUUAUUCGUCGUGGAAACGGAUAUUCGGUUAUAAUGGGAAGCGAUGAGAAGAAGUCUUCGUUGAGAGACAACGUAAAGAAAUCUAGCCAUGGAACAAUCUUAGACAUUGAUCCAAGACAUGAGAAGAUCUCAUUAAGAUGUUUGAUCGAUCACUCGAUUAUAGAGAGCUAUGGAGCCGGAGGAAGAAAUGUGAUAACGUCUAGGGUUUAUCCCAGAUUGGCAAUUAAUGAAGCAGCUAAGCUUUACGUGUUCAAUGAUGGGACAAACGGUGUGACCAUGUCGUCUCUGGAAGCUUGGAGCAUGAGAAAUGCCGAAAUCAAUUCAAACGCAAUUUAAUUAAUUAAUCCAUUAAUAAUGGUAACUUGAAUCAUCUUUGGACUGCCCUAAAGAUGUUUCGUGUCCUUUCUUGGACUGCCGUAUUGUUUUAAGAUUUAUCCGUCUUUUGUAUUCAAGUUAUUGGUGUGUGUGUUUUUGUUAUCAUUUCCUUGGGUAAACUAGUCUUAUCAUGUUUUCAGAAUGAUAUUUCUAAAUUGAAUUUGCAUGAGUUUUUAUUUUCUGA